GGUAUAGAAAGCAAGUACUCAUUUUAGUGUUGAAAAGGAGCAUUAAUUAAGACCUUUGGUCACUAAUCUAGCCUAGUCUAGUAAAAAAAAUCAUGGGUACCAGUAGUACUCCAUUGCCCUUGACUACAAUAAUUUUUCCUUACUUAGAAAGGAACGUCUUUCUCUCACUGAAACCAUAUAAUCUCACUGACACACCACUCCAUCAAGCCCUUCUAACCACCGGGAAUCGCGCAAAAUUCCGAUCAGAAUCGAAACUUGAUGAUGAAGCAGAGUUGGGAUGAGCAAGAAGAGGUGCCGCGUCUACCUCAGAAAGUGGAGGUAUUGCCCCGGCAAAUCUGUGAGGACAAAAAGCAACCUUGGCCGGACGCUGACGCCAUAAAGCAGCUCGCGACUCAGAGCGAGGAGUCGGCAAUGGAGACCCCGAAGAAAAUCUCCUCCAGCAGCAAAAGCAUCAGAACCACCCUCGGCCGUUACAUCAAGUGGAUGAUCGGGCAAUGUAGCUCUGCUUCUCCGUCGCCGUCCAAAACGGUGCGUUCCGCUCACGUUCAAAGCCCUGGUGCUACCUCACUCACUCCUCAGAGACUUCACUUCAGCCCUCCAGGUGAGGCAGUUAGUGACAGGUCACCUGUUGUUGGGCAAUUACCUUAUUGCUCUGGUUCUCCAUCGAAAGCCGCGGGGACUUGUUCUUGUCCAAGAUUGUCUGCUCAUGCACAAGUUGAUGAGAGGUCUCGAGGCGAGGCAUUUAAUCAGCUGUCACCUGUUAUUGGUCAAUCACCUUAUUCCUCUGGUUCUCCUUUGAAAACCGCAGACACUUCUUCUUAUCAAAGACGGUCUGCUCCUGUACAACUGGAUGAGAGAUUUCAAGGUGAUGCAUUUAGUCAUCGGUCACCUGUUGGACAACCACCUUAUUCCUCUGCUUCUCCAUCAAAAGCUGCAGGCACUACUAAUCAAAGAUUGUCUCCUCCUGUACAACUUGAUGAUACGUUUCAAGGUGAGGCAUUUAAUCACUGGUCACCUGUUAUUGAACAAUCACCUUAUUCCUCUGGUUCUCCAUUGAAAGCUGCAGGCACUUCUUAUCAAAGACUGUCUGCUCCUGUCCAACAUGAUGAGAGGUUUCAAGCUUUUGGUGCAGGUGAUGUAUUUAGUCAUCGGUCAUCUAUUGGACAACCACCUUAUUCCUCUGCUUCUCCAUCAAAAGCUGCAGGCACUACUUCUUACCAAAGAUUGUCUCCUCCUGUACAACUUGAUGAUACGUUUCAAGGGGAGGCAUUUACUGUUCGAGAGCAACCAGGAAACAUCAAUAAUGGACAAUCACCUUAUUAUUCUUCUGGUUCUCCAUUGAAAGUGGCAUACACUUGUUCUUGUCAAAGCCCAUCUGCGUUGGUUGCUCCUAUACAACUUGAUAAGAAGUUUCAAGGUGACGCAUUUACUGACAGGUCACUUGUUCAACAAGUACCUUGUUCCUCUGGUUCUCCAUUAAAAGCCACUGGUUCUUAUGAAAGAUUGUCUACUCCUGCACAAGCUGAUGAGCGGUUUCAUGGUGAGGGAUUUAGUGCCCGGUCAGCUGUUGGACAAUUGCCUUGUUCCUCUGUUUCUCCAUUAAAAUCCGCAGUCACUUCUUCUUAUCAAAGAUUGUCUGCUCCUGUACAGCUUGAUGAGAGGUUUCAAGUUGAGGCAUUUAAUGACCGGUCACCUGUUAUUGGACAAUCACCUUACUCUGGUUCUCCAUUGAAAGCCGCAAGCACUUCUUAUCAAAGACUGACUGCUCCUCUACAACUUGAUGAGAGGGUUCAAGGUGGGGUAUUUGCUGAUCAGACACCUGUUCAAGGACAAUCACCAUAUGCCUCUUGUUCUCCAUCAAAAGCCUUCUGCAUUUCUCCUUAUCAGAGAAUGUCUGCUGAUGUUGUUCCUGUACAACUUCAUGAAAGGUUUCAAGGUGAGGGUAUUACUAGGUCCUCAGCUAUAGACAAACCUGGAGAUCAUGGAGAAGCACACUUAGUAGCUCUGGGUGAACUAGAAUUCCGUAAACAAUUUCUGAUUUUAAGUUAUGCUGGAGGAACGAAGUUGAGAGAUCUUAUAGCGGCAGAGGACAUUAGGGAUUGGAAAUAUUUGCCAAUGGUAAUGUUUGAGAGCAAAAUUUGGGAGUAUCUAGGUCGAAAAUGCAUCAGCCUCGAAGACCGUCGAUUGAAUUUUGAUUGGGAUUCUGGACGCACACACGUCUAUCAUUGUUACGUCAACGUGGAUGGGAGUUACAUAUUUAAGGGCCCAUAUUUAUAUAAAAUAAGAAGAACGCUUCUACAGAAAAAAUUAGGAGAUGACAAUGUUUUAAUGGUGAAGUUUGCCAAAGAAGAGGUGCAGAGAGGUCAAAGUAUUGCCUGCCAUCAUAAUUAUUCUAUGUAUAUGAAGGUUGCAAGAGAAGGGAUUCUUGUUGGUUUGCGGCGAUAUCGUUUCUUUGUGUUCAAAGAUGGUGGUAAUGAGGAGAAGAAAAAAAACCCAACUUCAUCACCUGUGAAGUGUUACUUUGUUCGAGUGACCUCUGAUGCAGCCAUAGACAAAGGUGUCAGUUAUAUAUUAUCUAACAGAACGAUGUAUGAAGCCAGAUGUCUUUUCAUGCAUGCACAUACUCUGGCUAGAAUCGAUAACUACAUGGUUAGGUUCUCACUCAUUUUGUCCAAGACAACGAGCUUAAAAGUAGAUUGGUCAGUUGUCAAGGUUGAAAUCAUCGGUGAAGAAUACUGUCUCGAUGAAUCUGGUAAUCGUAUCCAUAGAGAUGAAAAACCACUUAUACAUACAGAUGGAACUGGAUUCAUAUCCGAGGAUUUGGCUUUAAUUUGUCCAAAGAUAGAAGCCAAAGGACAAUGUAUAAGUGAUGAACACAUGAAGGGACUUCCUGAUCCUGAUGAACUUGAGGAUAAUGAUAUGGGAAAGAAAAGGCCAGUUCUUAGAACAGAAGAACCGCCUUUGCUCACACAGUGCCGACUUUUUCACAAUGGCAGUGCUUCUAAAGGAACGUUUCUUGUCAAUAAAAAGCUCCAUCCGAACACAAUCCAGAUUCGACCAUCCAUGCUCAAAGUUAAGACAGAUCCAACGAUUUCCAAUAAUCAAACAAUAAACUCAUUGGAAAUAGUUGGCACAAGCACUCCUCCUAGGAAUACGCACUUAUCGAGGAUUUUAAUUGCACUUCUAAUGCAUGGAGGGGUACCGGAAGAAUUUUUCAUGCAGAUACUUGACCAAGCUUUGGAAGAUGCUCAUGGUGUUUUCUGCAAGACACGUGCAGCACUCAAAGUUGCUGAGAAGUAUGGUGAGAUUGAUGACAAUUUCUUGGGGAAAUUAAUGAUCUCAUUUGGAAUACCUCUAGAAGAAUCAUACUUGCGGUAUCGUCUCUCAGUCCUAAUGAAAGAGGAAAACAACAGUCUUAGAAAAGGGAAACUUUAUAUUCCUGAUUCCUAUAAUUUGAUGGGGACAGCUGAUCCAACAGGGACUUUAAAAAAAGAUGAAGUCUGUGUUAUCCUGAAGGAUGGACAACUGUCGGGGAAGGUACUAGUCUACAGAUAUCCGGGUUUACACUUUGGGGAUAUUCAUGUUCUAAAGGCGACCUAUGUGAAGGAGUUAGAAUCUUUUGUUGGAAAUGCCAAAUACGGUAUAUUCUUCUCUUGCAAAGGUCCACGUUCCAUUGCUGAUGAAAUGGGUGGUGGAGAUUUUGAUGGUGAUCUAUACUGGGUCUCAAGAAACCCUCAGCUAUUGGAGUGGUACAAACCAAGUGAACCUUGGAUUGAAGCUUCAAUACCAACCCAAAAAGUUCCCAGUAGGAGUCCAUCUGACUAUUCGCCUGAAGAUCUAGAAGAUCUUCUGUUUAGAUCAUUCUUGACAACGAGGUUUGAACCAAGUUUCGCUAUGAGUGAGGCAGCUGAUAAUUGGCUAGCCUGGAUGGAUCGUUUCUUGACGUUGGGAGAGAGUGACAUUGACGAAAAGAAUAAUAUGAAGAAAAAGAUACUGCAACUAAUUAACUUAUACUACACAGCUCUAGAUGCACCGAAGAAAGGUGUAAAGGUUGUAGUCCCAAAAGAAUUGAAGGCCCCAUGUUUUCCCCAUUACAUGGGAAAGAACAAUUCUUACCCUUCAACUUCCGUUUUGGGAUUAAUUUAUAACAGGGUGGAUGAGCAUCAAACAGAAGACUGUUCUCUCAAAGAAGUCGAGAAACUUCCUGCUUUUGAUGUUAAUGAAGUCCCUGAUGCCUGCUUGGACAAAUGGGAGGAACUACACCGACAGUACAGGAGUGAGAUGGCCUCUGCUAUGGACGAUGCUGAUAAACAGAGCAAAAAUCAGUCUGCCGAUGUGGUCAUAAGGAAAUAUAAAAAGAUUCUUUACGAGGCUAAUGACUUUGAGGAGAGUAGAAGGCCAAUCGAUGAGAUAUAUAACGAGGCACAAGCUAUAUAUCAUGUGUGUUAUGACCAUGCGAGGAGGAUAGGAAGUGUGAAGGCGUGUUCCUUUGCAUGGAGAGUUGCAGGUAAAGCUCUGUGCCAGCUUCACGCCAAGAACACGAAUGAAAGGUGUUGUACGAUAGUAUCCUCUGUUUUGAAGGAGAUUUUGUAAUUACUACCGUCAUUUACUUGAUUAUGGUCGAGGAAAUGUGGUAUACGGUGUAACAUUUUAUGUAUAUAUGUAAAGGUCUUCGCAGGCUUCCGCAUUGAUGGUGAUCAA